AAGUUUUUCUUGGAAGCAAAGUAUCAGAUAAUUCGGUUGCCCUACCCAUCCUGCCUCAAGUAAUUAUGAUGAGUACAGGAAUAUUAACCUGUUAUCCAUCGACUACGCCUUUCGGCCUCGCCUUAGGUCCCGACUAA